UCAGAUUCCACAGUAUUUGUAUGAAGCUGGGUUUACACGUGGUGGUAAGAAGAUAGGCUGUACACAGCCACGUAGAGUGGCAGCCAUGAGUGUAUCAGCGCGUGUUGCGCAGGAGAUGGGAGUUAAGCUUGGAAAUGAGGUUGGCUAUAGCAUCAGAUUUGAGGAUUGCACUUCUGAGCGGACAGUUAUCAAGUACAUGACUGAUGGAACACUACACAGGGAGUUUCUCUCAGAACCUGAUCUGCAGUCAUACAGUGUAAUGAUCAUCGAUGAAGCUCAUGAAAGAACUCUUCACACAGAUAUUUUAUUUGGACUUGUUAAGGACAUUACCAGGUUCAGACCUGAUCUUAAGCUGCUCAUCUCAAGUGCAACGCUGGAUGCACAGAAAUUCUCAGAUUUCUUUGAUGAAGCACCUAUCUUUAGAAUACCAGGACGUCGUUAUCCUGUUGAUAUUUACUAUACGAAGGCCCCAGAAGCAGAUUAUAUUGAUGCGUGUGUGGUAUCAGUACUUCAGAUCCAUGCAACACAACCACUGGGAGAUAUAUUAGUUUUUCUCACUGGUCAAGAAGAAAUUGAAACUUGCCAAGAGCUGCUGCAGGAACGGUCUCGCCGUCUUGGUUCUAAGAUAAGGGAGCUGCUCAUUCUACCUGUUUACUCCAACUUGCCAAGUGACAUGCAGGCUCGUAUAUUUCAGCCUACUCCACCAAAUGCAAGAAAAGUGGUACUAGCGACAAACAUUGCAGAGACAUCCCUAACUAUUGAUAACAUCAUUUAUGUAAUAGAUCCAGGAUUUUGUAAACAAAAUAAUUUCAAUUCACGUACAGGCAUGGAGUCACUUAUAGUUGUGCCCAUCUCAAAGGCCUCUGCAAAUCAACGAGCAGGGCGUGCAGGCCGUGUUGCAGCCGGCAAGUGUUUCCGUCUGUAUACAGCCUGGGCAUACAAGCAUGAAUUAGAAGAUAACACAGUACCAGAGAUUCAGCGUAUUAAUUUGGGCAAUGCUGUAUUGACAUUGAAGGCUUUAGGAAUUGAUGACCUUGUACAUUUUGACUUUUUGGAUCCUCCACCUCAUGAGACACUGGUAUUGGCAUUAGAGCAGUUAUAUGCACUUGGGGCACUCAACCAUCAUGGAGAACUAACAAAACUGGGCCGUCGAAUGGCUGAAUUUCCCGUUGAUCCCAUGAUGGCAAAAAUGAUCCUUGCAUCAGAAAAGUAUAAGUGCUCAGAAGAGAUUCUGACUAUUGCUGCAAUGCUUUCUGUAAAUGGUGCCAUUUUCUACAGACCCAAGGACAAGACAGUCCAUGCUGAUGCUGCACGACAUAGCUUCUUUACACCAGGUGGUGAUCAUCUCAUGCUGCUGAAUAUUUACACACAGUGGGCUGAUUCUGACUUCUCCACACAGUGGUGUUAUGAGAAUUUCUUACAGCAUCGCUCUCUGAAACGUGCACGUGACGUACGUGAUCAGUUGGCGGGGCUCAUGGCACGUGUUGAGAUAGAUCUGGUUUCAGCAGCAGGUGACACUGUUGGAAUCAGGAAGGCAAUCACAGCUGGAUAUUUCUACCAUGUGGCUAGACUGUCUAAAGGAGGCCAAUAUAAAACAGUCAAACAUCAGCAAACAGUGAUGAUACAUCCAAACAGUAGUAUGUUUGAAGAUUUGCCUCGCUGGGUGAUAUAUCAUGAACUUAUGUUUACAACCAAGGAAUUCUUGCGUCAGGUGACUGAAAUUGAAAGUAAAUGGCUCCUUGAAGUCGCACCUCAUUACUACAAACCUCGUGAGCUUGAAGAUUCAACAAAUAAAAAGAUGCCAAAGAUGACAGGAAAGUCAAGAGCAGAACUGGGAAUUAAUUAGUUAUCAGUGUUCACAGAUUGAUGUGUCACUGAAUAUCAUGGUCAAGAGGAUAGAACUCCUCCAUCAUAUUCAUGAGGUCCUGGUUUGGAAUCUUCGGCCAGUGACUUGACUAUUCUCAGUGAGGGUUUUCCUCAGUCCCUAAAGAUGGAAUUGAGAUAGGUCCAUGGUUGCUUCUUUCCACAUUCUUUCCAAUUUAUUAUUCUUUAAUCAUCAUAUUAU